AGCAGCGACACUGCUGCCACCUGGCUUGGCCCUGAGCCCAUGGAGCUGAGACCCGACGCCAGCCAGAAGGAGAAUGUGUCCCCCCGGCCUGCGACCCCCCUGAGGCCAGAGCAACGGAGACUCCUAAAGAGCCUGGGUGUCGUCCUGGGUAGUGGACACGGCCCGUGGGUGCCCAGGGGCCAGGCCCAGAGAGGAGAGCCGGCCACCACUCCCUCGCCAAGGGCAGCCCUUCGCCAGGAGCCCUGCCAAGUCCAGACCAACCUGGCCAGCCCUAGGCCCCGCCUGGGCCUUGCCCUGAAGGACACGACCGGCCGGCUGAUCAACUCGAGAUUCCAGCAGCAGAGCAACCUACAGCCCCUGGGAGUCCUCCCGCUGUGGGGGGCGCGAGCGUUCACCGUCCAGCAGAGUAACCUGAGCGCACGGGAGGCCGGCCUGGCCAGGUGUGGAAGCCGCAGCAGCCCCCACCCCUGGUCAGAGCCUCAGGAAGGCUUCUGGCCUCACGGGGUGCCCCGGGGAAGCCCCCGAACUCCAGGGCCACAGGCUCAACCAUCCCCCACCCUGAAGCCGUUCUGGCUUCUGGCCACAGACACGCCCUGCCCACGUUCCAGGCCCACCCUGUGCUAUGCCCCCAAUGAUGGGCACACACAGCCAGGCCCCAGAUCCUGGGGUGGCCUGGGGGACUGGCCCUCCAGGCUCAUGGGGGAACCCCUCACCCUGGACGACCUGGCUGUCCCUGUCAAGAGCCCGGCUCGGGCCCCACCCCAGGCUGCCACCUCCUGGCUGCUGGCCUCCGGGCAGCACCUGGAGCAGGAGGCAGCCCGACUCAGGUGCUGGGGGGCCCAGGAACCCCCAGGCCCUUCGCCACAGGAGCCCUGGACCAGUGGUGGCCAGGCCCUCCCUGCUGGCCCCCCGUGCACCGAGCCUGUUCUCACGUUCUGCGGUCAGAGAAAGAAACACCCCCGAGGUCUCAGGGGAGCCGUGAGUCUCCCAGAGACACCGGGGGUCCAGGCAAGCAGCAAGCCCGCGUCGCCACCGAAGACCGCUUUGGAGGUGCUGACUGGGGGCUUCCCUGACCCCGUGCAGGGGGUCCUUCCUGCCUACCCUCUGAGGCGAGGAAAGAGGCCUGCAUACAGCAGGGGGCAGACCGGGGACUCCCUGCUCCCUCAAGAGAACAAAGCCGGAAAUCUUGUGAACCUGGAGUCCGAGAGGGCCCGCUGGCAGCUGCUGUCCAGAUGUUUCAGGGCGUGGCAGCACCUGGUGUGGAGGCGGCAGGCAGUGGCCCUGGGCCACGGGCGGCUGCGGCACAGGGGUCUGCGGCUCCAGGAGGCCCACCUGGAGGUGGCGUGCGGCCGACACAGGAAGGCCCUUCUGGCCCAGAGCUUCCAAAAGUGGAGAAACCUGGCUCAGCAGCAGAAACAAGGGCAGCCCCACUUCCAGGCUGGCCCAGGACCCCCACCCUCUGGGGGAGGCCAGCCCCCAGGUCCCUCAGGAAGGAAGCCAGGGGUGGACCCCGCCCAGAGAAGCAGGUUCUCUCUGGGCAACUUCACUCUCAGCCCAGAGAGCCUGAGGGAGGAGGCAGGAGCCCGGCCAAUUCCAUCACGUUCUGGGCCGAGACCAGAUGGAGGAGAUGGGAGGGUCCAGAUCCUGCAGGCCCUGCGACGGAUGGCUGUCUUCCUCCUGCGGUGCCAGCAGGAGGAAUGGGCCAGGCAGGAGAAGGGGGUCCAGGGAGAGGCCUCCGGGGCCACGCUGAGGACUCAGAGCAUGGGGAGGCCCUCCCAGGCCUGGGGCCCUCCUGCCGCAGAUACAGCCUGGGUGCCCCCCCUGGCCCCCCAGCAUCAGAGAGCCUGGCUCUGCAGGUGCUUCAGGGCCUGGCGGCGGUCGGUGAAAAGAGGGGCCCAGCCCCGGGAGCACCUGGCUGACCGCCAGAUGGGAACCCUGAGGAUGUGCCUGAAACAGUGGGUGUGGAUGAAGCAGCUCCGGGCUUCGGAUGGGGCGAAGGUGACCCAGCUGUCCCUCUGCCGGCAGAAGGUGGGUGAGCGAGGAGGGAACAUGGACCUGGGCAGCUCAGCCCCUGGAGGCCUGAGGUGGGUGGCCCAGGCCCAGGGGCUGCCCCAGGAGCGAGGCCAGGGCUCCCCGCAGAAAGCCUGCCCAAGACGGGCCCUCCACGGGGUGCUGCUGCUCUGGAGGGCAAGGCUCUCCCAGCGCCAGCGGGCUGACUCCUUCUCCCAGGGCGUGCAGCGGCGGCUGCUAAAGCGCAUCCUGAGGGCGUGGCGCUUGAGGGUGUGGGGACCAGGCAACCGGUCAGGCAGUGCCAGGACCACCUCGGCCUCAGAACUGCUGGGCAGCACAGCCCGAAGCCCACCGGAGAAGGCAUCCAGGGCCCCCGCCCUCCUGGAGACGCUUCGGCUGAGCUUUCUGUGGGCCGCUGGGCGGCAGCAGCAGGCGCGGUGCCUCCUGCUCUGGCAGGCGCGGGCUCAGCAGUCCUGGGGUGCAGCAAGGUGGCACCAGCACACCCUUCAGAGGCGCAUCCUCCUCAGCUGGAGCCACUGGUCAAUGGCCCAAGGGGCCCACAGGAAGCUGGCUGCCCGCUGGGCCUGGGACCGGAGCUGCGAGCGGGGCCGGAGACGGGUGCGAGACGCCCUGCAGCACUGGCACUCCUCCUGGCAGAGGCAGCAGUGCCUGCAUGACCGGUACCAGGGGUGGGCACAGCUGCGCCGGCAGGGCCUGCGCAGGGCCGCGUUCCAGAGCUGGCAGCAGGCGGCAGCUCAUCAGAGACACAGGAUGGCCAGGCCAGAGCGGCUCGCACUGCAGAGCCAUUUCCAGGCCUGGUGUGGGUUUGCGAGAGACGCGGGGACGCUCCGAGCCUGGUGUCGAGCUGGCCAGGCUGGCCUGAGAAGACGGGCACUGGGAGCCGCGUUGGCAGAAGGGAGAGCUCGGGCCCAGACCCAGCUGGCCCUGUGCUGGACUCUGUGGGUGCAUGAGUCCCGCCUCCACCGGCUCAGCCGAGCCCACGCUGCCCGGAAGCUGAGCGCCAGGGUCCUAGAGGCCUGGGCCCAAUCUGCCGCCCAGGGUCGUGUCCAGCGGGUCGCCAUCGCCCGGUUCGAGGUGGUUGGGCACAGGCAGCUCCUGCGGACCCACUGGGCCCAGUGGCGGACAGAGCUGCUCGGCGUGUGGUUGGAACCUCGGAUGGAGGCCCAGGAGACGAGCACCGCCCAUCCCAGGCCCAGGGCCGACCUCACGCACUGGCCCGGGCUGGCCGGCAGAGGGCGCCUCCUGGCGCUUAUGGGCCCUGCAGCCCCAUGGAAGCAGACCCGAAGCUGCAGGCCACAGGGCACGGGGCCCAGGCUGCCCAGCCCAGCACAACAUCGCAGCCCCGGUGGGCAGAGGAAGCGGAGAGAAACGUCCUGGGCUCAGAGUAAGGAGACCUGCCCCUGUGCAAGGACGGUGUACGAAGUGCAGGGGUGCCACAGUGCCGGCCAGCUCUGGAUGCAGAGGCCUGGACCCAGGGCCCAGGGCUGGCCCCCUUCAGGGCCCGGAGGGGACUGCAGCUCUGAAGGCCAGGUGGACAAGAGGCGGCUGGGGGCUGGGCCUCUCUGGCCAGCGCUCGCCCCUGCAGGCUCCUGGAGGAGCGGGCCCAGUCCACGGUUCAGCCCUUUCUCCUGGCCGUCAAGGGGUCAUGAUGUUCUUGACUGUCAGUCGGGAUGCACACAGGGCCUCUCUCCCCAGGAGGAAAUACCUGCGACGCUGGCGCCUGGAGGCCCUGCUCCACCGGCUCCAGGGCUCCCAGCAGGCCAGGCGCCUGGCAGGGACAUGGCAAUGCUGGGUGGAUGCUCAGGGGGCAGAGGAGCUGGCGCGGUCGCUGGUGAGUGGGGAGGGGCCCUCACACCAGCCUCUCAUGCUAUUCUCAACCCUAACCCCUACAAUGAAGUCUUUCCAAGUAUGGCCUUUGGGCCUACUCAGUCUGAAACCUGGGACAGGCCCAGGAAUCUGCACUGUUCACACACCUCGUGGUGUGUGGCACCCUCGUCCUGGUGCCACAGAGGGCCUGGGGGCCGCGGCGAGCACAGGUGCCCAAGGCAGCAGUCGCCCAGUGUGGGGCCUCCGCACCCUGUCCCCACAGCUCAGGCAGUGGCGGCUGAGAUGGGUCUGGCGCACGUGGCGGCGGCGGGUCGUACAGCUGCGGGUGGCUCUGCGAUUACAGCAACGAGCUGAGGGCUGGGUCCUUUC